AUGGAGGAACAGAAUGUGGAUAUCAAUAUAGAUACAAACAAUCGGGAACAAAUUAAUCGUGAUCAAACCGUCAUGCUUCCUAAUGUUGAGUUUCAAAGUGAAAUUGAUUCUGGGACAUCUACACCUAAACUUGAUCCUUUUCAAACCACCCAAUCAAAUUCUAACACUAUGACUGAUUCUACUCGAACUAUUACCCCUGAAAGUCAACGGCAAAGUGUAAUAACAGUAUUACCAUGGGGAGCCCACAAAGAGCGUUCACCGUUCCCAAAUGUAGACACAGACAUCAAGCCAGGAGAGUAUGUGAUGCGUACAUUGUUUGCGGACUUCACAGUACAGGCUGAGAGAAAAAUAGAGGAGGUAAUGAUUGAGCCAGAAAAACCAUUGAUGAAGAUUUUGCAACGUGGUGAAGAUGCACAAUUUGAUCAGUUAUUGAUUGCAUUUGGUUCAGUGGCUGAACAUUGUUUGCCUUCUAUACUGAAAGCUCUUUUUGCUUGGUAUGAUAGACAAAUUGGCAUACUAGACAUCAAUGCUACAGAUUCAAAGAAAAUUGAACUUAAAGGCAAAAAUGAUAUUAUUGACACUAAAGAAAUAGAAGUAAUGGGAGAGCGAAAAGAUCUGGCAGUGGAGUUUAUAUUUUGCUUAGCAUUAAUAGAAGUAUUAAAACAAUUACCAUUUCACCCAGGGCAUGAAGAUUUAGUCACUUAUAUUGAGAAUUUAUGCUUCAAACAUUUUAAAUAUCGUGAAGGGGCACAAAACUGUCCUAAUGCACCAAAUAUACACAUGGUGGCUGAUCUGUACGCAGAAGUAUUAGGAGUUUUGGCUCAAUCAAGAUUUUUAUCCGUUAGAAAACGGUUUAUGGCUGAGUUAAAGGAACUAAGAGCUAAAGAACCAUCACCACAUGUCAUACAGGCUAUUAUCUCAUUGUUGAUGGGAAUGAAAUUUUUUAGAAUUAAGAUGGUUCCUAUUGAAGAUUUUGAGGCUUCUUUUCAAUUUAUGCAAGAAUGUGCUCAGUAUUUUCUUGAAGUCAAAGAUAAAGAUAUUAAACAUUCAAUGGCAGGAUUAUUUGUUGAAAUUUUAUUACCUAUGGCUGGCAUUGUUAAAAAUGAAGUAAACGUUCCUUGUUUGAAGAAUUUUGUGGAAUCACUUUAUUCAACAACCUUAGAUAUGUGUACUAAAUCAAAACAUAGACUAUCAUUGUUUCCAUUAGUAACUUGUUUGCUGUGUGUUAGCCAAAAGAUUUUUUUCCUACAAAAUUGGCAUUACUUUUUGGCCAUGUGCUUAUCAAAUUUGAAAAAUAGAGAUACAAACAUGUCCAGAGUUGCUCUAGAGGCCCUUUAUCGUUUGCUAUGGGUAUACAUGGUGAGAAUAAAAUGUGAAAGUAACUCUGCCACUCAAUCACGUUUACAAAGUAUUGUUCAUUCAUUAUUCCCUAAAGGAUCCAAAGCUGUUGUACCACGUGAUACACCUUUAAAUAUAUUUGUUAAAAUUAUACAAUUUAUUGCUCAGGAACGAUUAGACUUUGCUAUGCGUGAAAUAGUAUAUGAUUUGCUGAGUGUAGGACGACCAAUUAAAUUAAUACUUACCCCAGAACGAAUGAGUAUUGGUCUCAGAGCUUUUCUCGUUGUGGCAGAUAGUCUUGAACAAAAAGAAGGUGAACCACCAAUGCCAGGUACAUCAGGAGUAUUGCCAUCGGGUAGUACACUCAGAGUGAAAAAAACUUUUUUGAAUAAGAUGCUAACUGAAGAUACUGCUAGAAACAUUGGUAUUCAUUCUUACUUUCCAAACGUCCGUCGAGUGUUUGUUGAAAUUUUAAGAGCAUUGGACACCCACUAUGGCAGACCUUUGAUGAUGACUAGCACACAAAAUAUGAACAAAGAACCUGAUGAGAUGAUAACUGGUGAAAGAAAGCCACGUAUUGAUUUAUUUCGAACGUGUGUUGCGGCUGUUCCACGUUUAAUACCUGAGACUAUGACUGGUGCUGAAUUAGUAGAUAUGUUGUCUCGCUUAACAGUGCAUAUGGAUGAAGAACUCCGUGCUUUAGCAUAUCAGAGUCUUCAAACUUUGAUUAUUGAUUUCCCAGAAUGGCGUCAUGAAGUUAUUACUAGUUUUACACAAUUUUUGGCACGUGAUGUGCAAGACACAUUCCCACAAUUAGUUGACAAUGGCUUACGGAUGUUAUUGCAACUAUUAACUUGUUGGAAAAAUACUAUUACACCAGGAUUGAUAAAAAAUCAAACAGAAAAAAAUAAAAAAGUUGAUUUAACUAAUAACCAGCAAAAAUCAAAAAAAGUUGAUUUUUCUCAAGCUGAAGCUUUGGCAUUAGUGAUGUUAUGCAAUUGUCGACCAUGCCCCCGCCGUUUAUCAGCACAUAUACUCCGUGAAAUAAAAUGUUUAGUGAAGAUACUAGAUAAUAUUAAAGACAUACUGCCAGUUAUUGAUGUUAUUGAUAAGGCUUGUCCUCAAUUAAUUGAAAGAUGUCUUCCUAUGUUGCCUUCAGCAGAAAAAUUAGCUGCAAUGACUGCAUCUGCAGCAAAUUCAAUCGAUUUACAAUGGAUUGUUGAUCGUAAUGCUCCUAUAUGGACAGCAGGAAUUCAAGAUGAUAUUAAUUCUGCUAAAACUGCUUCAUCUUUAAGCUUAUUGGGUGGAACUGGAAAUAGUGAUCCUUGGGGAACAAUACUUUUUGGUAUUUUGUCUCAAAAUGUUCUUAUAAAGCAAUGUCCUUCUGUUACUGCUCAGGCUUGGCUAUUAGUAUUUUCUAGAGUUCAUAAUCUUUUCACAGUUAUUGACCCCACACCUGUUAGUGAUAAUAGAGCCUCAUUAUUAAGGAGCUCAGCUCCACCAAAGAAACCUUUAACUGAACGUGAUCAAUAUUUGACUCUGUGGCGAUAUUAUACAAUGUUUGCUAUGCGAGUAGUACCUCUUGCUCCAAAUCCAGUUAUACGAUGUGCUUCACCCGAUUUAAGCUUAAGUUCUUCACCAGAUAGUUUAGCAAUUGGCGAACGAAAUGAUAGCAAAAGUGUUUCGCCAACAGCAUUGUAUAAAUUAAUUGCACCAUUACUAAGAUGUGAAGUAGCUGAUGUUCGAGAUGCUGCUAUAUAUGCAAUGGGAACAAUAAAUCCUGAAGCAUUAAAAGAUCUUAUGGAAGAAUUAAUUCCUUAUAUAAAAGAAGCUGUGGAUAGAAAACAAGAAAAUAUGAGACGGCGUAGACGAAGAGAUGCAUUGCGUUUACAGUUAGUUAAAGUUUUUGAACUUAUUGCAGGAUAUGGAACAUUUGGGUGCAGUUCAUUUGUUCUUGAUAGAGAUACAUGUUCAUUACACCCAACAAUCGAAGAAUAUGUUGAUGGAGCUAGAAUCUGUCUUGAAUUGGAAUCAGAAAAAGAUAGUCUUCGAGAAAUUAAACUUUAUUUUUGUAGAUUUGUUAUGAAGAUGAUAAAAAGUUUUGAACUUGAAACAUAUCGUACAUUAUUAAAACGAGAAUUACGUCAAAAUUUAUUUACUCUAUUUUGUAAUUGGGCUGAUCAUUGGGCAUCAUCUGCUGUUUCAACAAGUUUGUUGGCCAUAGAUUUAAUUAAAGAUGAUUUGCAAAUGGCAUCUUUGCAAGCAGCUUGUGCAGUCCUUACAUGUGGGCCAUGUUUCAAUCAUACUUUGGCUGAACCUGAUGGAUCCUUAUAUUCUUGGAUAGAUGUGUUACUAGCACAUCCUGACAAACGAGUUCAUCAAUUAGCCUUAGAAACAGUUGUUUUGCUGUUGGAUUGUAAUCCUGAUAUGGGUGCACUUCUAGACUGGGUCGUAGAUAGAUGUUAUACAGCUGUGCCACCUGUAGCAGAUGCAUGCUUCCAUGCACUUGGAGUGAUAUUCAGCACUAGGGAAUAUCCAUGUGAUCAUUAUACGGCAAUUAUUAACGUUACACUCAUGAACACUGGUUGUCCUCGAUCAUCUGUACGAGAUACUGCUUUGCAGUUAUUACAAGUAUUAGAUAAGAGGUUUUUUGGAUCUGGAUGUGUUGAACUUUUACCACCAAUUUUACCUUCCGAAUCUCCCGUUACUGCACGUGAGUACUAUAUUUAA